UUUCGAAUCAUCAGGCGACCUCAGAUAUCCCUUUCCCCUGGAAACUGUAGUUGCACCCCGACAACACCAGGUGCAAGUCUCUGCUCCUAGUUGUUCAGGGAAAUCAGCAAUUUUGUGGAGCGUACAUUGGCAAUGGAUGCCCAUCAGAAGCCUGACGUUCGCGACGAUGACGCAACCGAGGUAGCCAAGCCACAACAUGACAUCACUACUGAGAAUACAUAUGCGAUGCCAGAGCUAAUGGCUGCUGCUAGUCAAACUCUUACUGGUGAUGAUAAACUCCAGCAAGAGGAAUUGCAUCUAGAAUCCGCAAACAGUGAUGCAACGAGAUCACAACAUGUAUCUGAAUAUCUGCAGGUGAUGGAGCAGGGCCCGAUCCCGAAUGAACUGGACAGUGUUUCAUUUGAUGUGUUGCAAGGUACAUUAUUGCCAAUGUUGUCAAUUCUGGACAUCUUUCAGCUGUGUGGAGUUUCGAGGAAUGUUAAGAAGCUGCUGCUCAAUGAGUACACGUUUAAGCAUCUAUGCCAGAAGCGGUAUCAUCUCAGUCCUUACUUGGAAAUGUCGUAUAUUCGAGCUGCACGAAUUCUCUACAUAGCAGGCAGUGUGGCUAGCCUGCAUCAUAGCCUGUGGGAUAGCAUAAAAGAUUUCGUUGUCGAAAGAGCUAAUCGCUGGGUUUUCGACCGUAAGUAUAUAUUGCUCAAGCAAUUAAGGAGUCUGGCGUUGAUGGCGCCUCCAACUACCGGUGAAUUCACAAGCUGGACCUUCUCUUGUUUACAGAGUGAUCUGAUCCAUGUAGACUUAUUCCUCGUAGCUGAAGCUUGUGACAUUCUUCCCAACCUUUCGCCUGGGUUGUUUCAGGACAAAAGGACAGACUCAUCUGAUGGAGAUGCAGACAUGAAUGUGUAUAGAAUAGAAGACGUGACGACCUGGUUACAAGAUAUAUGUGGCUCUACUGAAGAGUGCCAAGAAGCUAUGAUCGAACAUUUUCAACAGGAUAUCCCAAAGCUGGUAUUAUGUUUACCCUACGUGAACCGUUCCAGGAGGCUUGUUGAUGUUGCACAAUGUUUUUACAGUAUUGCAAUUCACGACACAAGAUUAUUGGCAGCCCUGAGCACGGUAUGUCCCUACUUUUGUGAAUAUGGUCUGGAGCGAAUCAUUCCUAGAUGGACGUAUAAUCCCUUCGUUCAUUGGGAUUUCGUCAGUAAGAACAAGUGUGCUGAACACGAGGCUGCGAUUUCAACAAAUCAUUGGAUACACGCCGUCGGGCAGUUCGCAACCAAACAUUCUGUUGUCAAGCUCCUGAUAAUGGGAAGCAUGCGGACGGUUCCUAUCGAGGAUUAUUUCAUGGCUGUCAUGGAGUAUGAAGACUUCUUGAAGGGAUUGCCAAAGUCCAGUAUCCCUGAUCGUGCAACUCUCUACCUACAUUUGGGAAGUUACCUACAACCUGCCUUACAAGGAACACAUUCUAGGAAGGAAUGGACAGCAGACGAAUUGUUCAAAGCCAUGGUGGAUUAUGGCAAGGUGCUGGCUACGAAAAGUCUCGAAACGGCGUGAUGAAGAAGAACGAAUGAGAGAAAUAUGAGCAGCAGAAUGCCAGUAUCACAACAGCCAGUGCAGUUUUGUGCCCCCAUUGUCAUGAUUUCUGGACGGGUGCAUUGCUAAAGAUUGGUGAAUUUUUCAUUUUGUAAACUUCCUUUGUGAACAGCUGUCAUUUUCAGCGUGUCUCUGUAUUACUGGAACUAGUUGCAUUGUGAAUGCGAGUUUUGAAAACUGUUAGCGUUGGUAAAUGUACGAAUACCAUCUUCUGUAAACAUUCCGACCAAUUAAAUUUAAGUAAUCUCAAUUUCGAUCUUUCUCUGUUCAGGAUCCUCGUUACUUGUUCAUUUCCCUGCAAUAUAACCCUGUUUUCAUGAAUUUUGUUUCGCUAGAAGAAAUCCAAUGACCUUGCUCCUGGUAAACCAAUCCGUGUCUUUUCACGUUUUCAUUGC